UGUUUUUUUUCAGUUGUCUUGGUAUUUGAAUUUUUUGAUUGUUGUUUUCAGACAGUCUCUUGUAGCCAGUCUGGCCUUGGGUUUGAUGUGUAUGGAAAAGGAACCUUAAGCACCUGUUUUGUUUUGUUUCUCUCAGGUGUUCAAAUUACAGGUGUACACUACAUAUGACAAUAUUAAUUAGCCUUUUGACGUUGGAAUAGUGAUUCAUUUUGGAAAAUUCUAGUAACAUAUAUUGAUACAUUUGACUGCUUCCACACACAUUUUACAUUUUCAUUUUCACUCUGUCUCCAGCUGUUUUUGUUUGCUUGCUUUUUUUUUUUUUUUUUUUUUUUUUUUUUUUUUUUUUUGAGGCAGGGUCUUGCUAUGUAGCCUAAGGUGUUCUAGAACCUUAGAUUCCUAAGAUUUUUUUUGGCUCUGCCUCUUUGCAGACUGGGCAGUUUUGUUCAUUGAUUCUCUUCUAUUCCAACUCUUUUAUUAAACAGUCAUCUUUGGUGGGGAGGUGUUUGUUUUUUGAGACAGGAUCUCUCUAUUUAGCCCUGGCUCUCCUGGAACUGGCUAUAUAAACCAGGCUGACCUGGAACUCAUAGAGAUCCGCCUGCCUCUGCCUCCCCAGUUUUGGGAAUAAAGGUGUGCUCCACUGUGUCUCCUCCUAAACACUGACAUCUUAAAUUCAAUUAUUGCAGGUCUUAUUCCUGAAGUUUUUGUUUACUUUUUUCUAAAGAUAAAAGUACAUUGUAGCUUUCCUUCAGAAGAGGGCAUCAGAUCUUAUUACAGAUGGUUAUGAGCCACCGUGUGGGAUUUGAACUCAGGACCUCCAGAAGAGCAGUAAGUGCUCUUAACCAAUAAUUCAUCUCUUCAGCCCUUUUAUUUAUAUGAGUACUCUGUAGCUGUCUUCAGACACACCAAAAGAGAGCUAUCAAAUCCCAUUAUAGAUGGUUGUGAGCCACCAUGUGGGAUUUGAACUCAGGACCUCUGGAAGAGCAGUAAGUGCACUUAACCACUGAGCCAUCUCUUCAGCCCCUUGUUUACUUUUAUAACUUUAAAAAAAGUUUUAUAUUUUUUGCUGUUAAUUUCAAGGCUUGAUUUUUAUUUUAAACAUUGUAAGUAUAUUUGUUGUGUGAUCCAUGUAUUUAAUUCCCAUAGAUUUGUUUUUCUUAUCCAUUAUUCCCAAGGUUUUCUUAUCUCCCUUCCCUUUCAAGGUAUAGUUCUUGGGUACCAGUUUAUGAUGGGGAGGAAGGAUUAUGAGCACACCCUGUGGGCUGCUCUUGGUUUUUCUGUUGCCUCAUCAUAGUACUGCUAGAGUCAAUUGUUCAGGUCAGGGAAGUCCUCAGGAUGAAAUAAUGUACUUGAGUCAUGGGCUUAAUUUCUGGUUGUCACCUUCUAGAUUACUAUCUUUUUGGCUUUUUGUUUUAACAAUUAUUUAGUUACUUUUGUAUGUGAUGCCUUUGAAAUGUGUAUGUACAUAUUUGUAUAUGUAUAUGUGCAGAUUUAUGUGCAAUAUUAAAUGUAUCAGAGGACAACUUAAGUUAUGGUCCUACCUUUUUUGUCCUUUUAAGAUUUAUUUUAGAUUUUUGUGUGUGUGUGUGUGUGUGUGUGUGUGUGUGUGUGUGUGUGUACAGGUGCAUAAGGAAGCCAUAAGGGUACCAGAUCCCGGGUGCUAGAGGUAGAGGCAAUUGUGUGCCUGUAUUGUACCUGGAACUGAACUUAGCCUCUGGAAAUGCAGCAAGCUCUCUUAACUUCUGCACCAUCUCUCCUUGUUUGAAACAGAGUCUUUAGUUGUUCACUAUUGCAUAUGUCUGGCUAGCAGACCCAUAAGUUUCUGGGGAUUUUCCUGUUGUCUGCCUCCCACCUCCAGAAAGGAGCACUGGUAUUUGGUAAACAUUUUUUUUUUAAAAGAUUUAUUUAUUGUAUAUGAGUACACUGUAGCUGUCCUCAGACGCACCAGAAGAGGGCAUCGGAUCUCAUUACAGAUGGUUGUGAGCCACCAUGUGGUUGCUGGGAUUUGAACUCAGGACCUUAGGAAGAGCAGUUGGUGCUCUUAACCACUGAGCCAUCUCUCCAGCCCUUUUUUUUUUAAUAUUUAUAACCUUAUUCUUUUUUUUAAAGAUUUAUUUAUUAUAUAUAAGUACACUGCAGCUGUCUUCAGACACACCAGAAGAGGGCAUCAGAUCUCAUUACAGAUGGUUGUGAGCCACCAUGUGGUUGCUGGGAUUUGAACUCAGGACCUCUGGAAGAGCAGUCAGUGUUCUUAACCGCUGAGCCAUCUCUCCAGCCCCUUGGUAAAGAUUUUUAUCCACUGAGCCAUCUUUCAGCUAUUAUGAUUAUGAUUAUUAUUAUUAUUACUACUACUACUACUGUUACUGUUACUAUUGCUGCUGCUACUACUACGACCACCACUGCAUUUCCAGCUGUUUAAACAUAGCAGCAGAGGACAGGUUUUAAUAUUUAGUUUGUUUUCUCCAGAGGCAAAAGCCUCUCACCCCUGGAUUCUGAUACCGGAAUGGGAAAUUUGUGAUUUUUCUAUGCUUUUAAGUGAAAGAUGAUAUUUUUACAUAGAAUUUCUAAUGUUUUCACCAUUCACUGUCACAGAAAGUAUAAGAACUAGGCUUCCCUGAUGCCUCAGUCUAGUCGUCCUAGAAGAACUCAGUGCUUAUGCUGGGCUUGGUGGUAUACAUCUUUAAUCCCAGCACUCUGGAGGCAGAGGCAAGUGGGUCUCUGAGUUCGACACCAGCCUGGUGUUUCAUCUUCCAGUUCGCCAAGGUUACCUAGUGAGACUCUGUCUCAGAACACAAAGCAAAACAUAAAACAACUUUUAAACAACUGGCACCACACAGCCCAGUUCUACUUUCAGUCUGCUGUACUGCUGAGCCAUGGAAGGAUGGGAGUUCAGAAGACGGGCUAGGAUUUGGUGUGCGGGUUGGUUCUAAAGGCAACCCAUAUGGCAACAUAGUUUAGAAUCAAAGCUAUUCUUGAACAUUUCUCAGAGAGGUACCAUGUUGAAUACUAAUGUUGAAAUUUUUUAAUUUUUCUUGUGUCUUCCUCCCAGUUUUGAGGGGCUGAGUUCCAGGUGAAGUUACUUUGCGCUUAUCUGUCACAGCAUGUAGCAAAAUACAACUAAAUUAGACUCACACACAUCGAGGGCUGUGUCUAUUCUGAGAGGUUAAGUGUGAACUAGAGCUGAGCUACAGGAGCGGAGGUGUAAGUUAGUGUCCUUUUCCUUUAGUGUAAGAAGAUGAAUUAGGUGCAUAUAGGAAGAGAUCGAUACCAUGUGCUGUGGAAAGAUUUUGUGUGCGUGUGUGUACGUGUGUGUAAACCCAUUAAAUACUUGACAUAUAAUUGCAUGUUUCUUUGAUGCCUCAAAUUUAUUACAGACUGUUUUUUAUAAGACAAACCUUCUGCAGUCAAGUCAAAUUCAGUUCCUAUCCUCUCAUGAUGGGAGCUGGCCCAAAUGACUGCGACAGCAAGCUCUGCUGCUCAUGGGCCCUGUGUCCCCAGCCUGUGGGAACUAGGGAUAAGUUUGGUUGCAGACAUUGCAAGAAAGGAAAAAAAAGACAAACCUUAAUUAUAGAUUAAGAUGCUUACGUUGUAAUCAGUGUUAGAAGAUUAAUGUUACUUUUCUUACUGAUUGCUUUAUCCAGUGAUAAGUAUUAACAGAGUUCUUUAUUAGGUAAUUGUCAUUCUCUAAAGAAGUUUUAUGACGUAGGAAAAGUUGACUUGAUCUAAAUUAUCAUCGCUUAGCAGCAGUGUCUUCUGGCCAGAAAGUAGUCUUCUGGGAGGUUUAAUCGGACUAUCCAGCAAAUCUAGCUGAGGACCAAACCCAGGGCCUUGCGCUUGCUAGAUCUGCCACCUCCCCCUUUACAGACUGGACUGGACUGCUAAAGCACCCUGAGAACCUGAGAGUCCCCAUUAGAGUCUGCUUUGGAAGCAGGAACAGACUAUUCCAUUAUGGAUGGAGGGGAUGAUGGUAACCUUGUCAUCAAAAAGAGGUUUGUGUCUGAGGCAGAACUAGAUGAGCGGCGCAAAAGGAGGCAAGAAGAAUGGGAGAAAGUUCGAAAACCAGAGGACCCAGAAGAAUGUCCAGAGGAGGCGUAUGACCCCCGGUCUCUGUACGAACGGCUGCAGGAACAGAAAGACAGGAAGCAGCAGGAGUAUGAGGAGCAGUUCAAAUUCAAAAACAUGGUAAGAGGGUUAGAUGAAGAUGAGACCAACUUCCUCGACGAGGUUUCUCGGCAGCAGGAGCUGAUAGAGAAGCAGCGACGAGAAGAAGAGCUGGAGGAGCUGAAGGAGUACAGAAGUAAUCUCAACAAGGUUGGAAUUUCUGCAGAAAAUAAGGAAGUAGAGAAGAAGCUGGCUGUGAAACCCAUAGAAACCAGGAGCAAGUUCUCCCAGGCAAAGCUGUUGGCAGGAGCUGUGAAGCAUAAGAGCUCAGAGAGUGGCAAUAGUGUGAAAAGACUGAAACCAGACCCCGACCCAGAUGACAAGGCUCAAGAGGCCCCGAGCUGCAUGUCUCUGGGAAGCUCUUCUCUGAGUGGAGCCCCCUCCCUCCACUGCCCGUCUGCUGCUGUGUGCAUUGGUAUCCUUCCUGGCUUGGGUGCCUACUCUGGGAGCAGUGACUCCGAAUCCAGUUCAGACAGCGAAGGCACCAUCAACGCUACAGGGAAGAUCGUCUCCUCCAUCUUCCGAACCAACACCUUCCUUGAGGCACCCUAGCUCCUGACAGUACCACAGGGAGCAUCUCCUCAGAGGGUUGGAUGCCAGUUCUGCCUCGGCAUCACCGCCCUCAAAAAACUUACUCACUUGCUUCCUGUGUCCAUGUGACAUUUUAACCUAACUCAGAAAUGUGUCACAGUCCAUUUGUGGCUCACACUUGGUUUGAUUUCUCUUUAUACUCGAGUGCAGAUGAACAAACCUGUCCCGUUGGUAUGAGGAGUUGGGGUUCAGGCUGUCUCAGAAAUGUCACUGACGGUAAGGACAGGCACAGCUGCUCGCAAGGACUCCGUGUGUCCUGUUGCUGUCUCGUUUAUCUCCUCACCUAGCAGCACAGGAAGGGCUUCAUUAGCUUCAUCUUCUGUUAUAGAUGAAUGGGCGGUCUGGUUCUGCCAUGUUGUGUGUGGGCAUAGAGAAAGGGGCCGACUAGCUGGUGGCAUGGAGCUCUCUCCCCUGGGACUAACCCUUCCUGGGUGUUGUGGUGACUUCAGUAAAGAUUGCAGGCCACACCCACAAGGCUGAGAGCCAACUACAGCCCUUGAGGUGACGCUCUUCCAUGUUCUCCCCUCUCCAUCCAGCCUGAGGAGGUAGGAGGGAGCUGAUAAUGAGGACGUGUCCAUCUUCUGCCCACCUUCUCUCCCUGAGAAAUUGUUUUGAUUUUGUUUUUGAAAUAAAAGAUUUAGUUUGAUUCUGAA